AUGCAGAAGCCAUCUGUUUGUUCUGUCAUCAUCUCUCUCAUUUUAGCUGAGAGAGCUUCCAGCAAUAAUGUAUUAGCUCCUAUUCGACGAGGUCAUAAACUUGCAUCUAUGAUUUGGCUUGCUGUUGUUGAUAAUUUGGAAGAAAACCACCACACCUUUUGCUUACUUAAACGCCUUGCACGCGAAGGGGAUAUUAUUCAGAAUCAGCCUAAUGCUAAUGGGAAUGACGAGUUCCGACAUUUGGGGAAGUUCCAGAGGAACAAUCUGCCUGCAUUCAAGAGUAGGUAUGAUCCUGAUGGAGCGCAUACUUGGCUCAGAGAGAUUGAGAGGAUUUUCAUAGUGAUGGAUUUCUCUGAAGCACAAAAGGUGCGGUUCGGUAUGCAUAUGUUAGCUGAGGAAGUUGAUGGCUGGUGGAUCAACACUCGUCAGAUGUUGGAUGAUGCAGCUGAAGUUGGUAACUUGUCGGUUAUUGAGUAUGCUGCCAUAUUUGUGGAACUUGCUAAGUUUUACCCUCAUUACAGUGAGGCGAUUACUGAGUUCCCGAAGUGUAUCAAAUUCAAGAAUGGUUUGCAUCCUGAAAUUAAGCAGGCAAUUGGAUACCAAAAGAUCAGGAGGUUUCCAGAGUUGGUGAACAAUUGUAGAAUAUAUAAGGACGAUAGUAAGGCUCAGUCGGCUCACUACAAGGGGUUGGGCGAGAGAAGAGUAAAGCAGAAUAUGAGAUGUGGGAAGCCAUAUAGUGCUCUAGUUGUUAAAGUUAAAUAG